CAUCCCUUCAGCGGUCUGCGCGCGUGAGAGCGUGUGAGCGUGCGUGUGUGUGUGUGCUUAAUGAAGCGUCACUCUCUGUCUUUCUUCCUCCCAGCGAACACAAGCAUCACUUGUGGAAAAAACGGCGCUUGACACCGACAAGUUUGUUGUCCAGCAGCCCGAUCAGUCUUUUUUUCGAAGAUCUUCCGUUUUCCCGUCUGCGUCUCAUCUUCACUUUCUCUUUCUUUUUGAAUACCCGGCUCGAGGAAGCCAGUCUUGGCGAACCGGCUAACACUGGGCGUAGCUGGGGAGGAUUUUGCUAGCUCGCCGCUGCAGUGACUGACAAAGACCUGUGUCCAGAUCUUGAGCAAUCCAAUUCAAACUUAAGUGAACUGGACAGAUCACUUCUCUAGAAGAGGAGAUGAAACCAGAUGGGGUUAUCACAGCAACACUGGAGCCAAUGGAAACUUUAGAAUCCAAUCCAGUAGAUGACUUAUCACCGGGUACAGGGCAGGAACCCAGCCAGGGAUCCGGUGCAGGGGAGGAGGAACCGGCACAGCGGCCUGAAGAUGCGGUUCCACCCCAGCUAGAAAAGCCCAAGGAAUCUCCAGCCGCUAAGACCGCAAACAAAAUCUCGGCAGACCCCAAAGCCAAAACCACAACCAAGACCAUGCAGAAAACAAAACCCACCACCUUGACCAAGACCACAUCUGGCUCACGACCCAGCACGGCCUCGAGCCGCCUAUCAAAUGGCUUGUCUAAGCCCCAGAGCAACGGUGUGACCAAAAAGACCACACCUACCUUGGAUAAAAAGAGCACGGCAACCUCUGCAGCCCCAAAGAAACCAACAGCUGCUGUCCCAGCCCCGAGGAGCACGGUGAAAGGAAUUGAAAGAAAAACUGCAUCCCCUGCCACCAAUGGCGCAAAGUCCACAGUAGGAACCACGGCAAUUAAGAAGACAACAUCCGCAGCAGUUAACGGUGUUAAAACCAGCACGGCAACUGCUGCCAAGAAACCUCCAGCUCCUAAACCUGCCUCGACAACUUCAGCAAAGCCCACCACUGCAUUGAAGACAGAUAAGCCCCCUAUUUCCAAGACCAGCAGACCCACAACAGCGUCCCGUCCUAGCACGGGCUCAACUCGACCGCCCUCCACCAUUACAACCAAGAGCUCUGCAGCUACUUCCAAACCUGCCACCCUGAAAACUUCCACUGCCAACAACGCUGCAUCCAAAUCAGCCUCAUCUACUCCCUCUGCUGUCAAAACUCCAACAUCACAAACAUCUAGAAACAUAACCCUUGCAAAAAAAGAUGUUACCAAAUCAUCCACCCCUGCAGCCAAAAAGUCUGCAGACUCUCCACUCAGCCGACCUUCUGCAACAAUGAAAUCAACAACACCUAAACUAGCUUCAAAAUCCGACAGUAUAACCAAAAAGGCACCCGUAAGCAAGGUUUCAGACACAAAGACACCAAAUCGUUCCAAAACACAAGAGAAUAAGUCCGCACCUUCCAAGGAUGUCUCAAAGACUCCUGCCUCCAGAACAAUGGCAGCCAAGAAUACUAGCGCCAAGAAAACUGUGGGCAGCAGCACCCCGACACCUGUGAAGCGUGGCCCCAAAGUAGAAGAAGCUGCUGGAAGUGGAAAGGAAAUUGCUGCUGCUGUAGCUGCUGCAGCAGCAAUUGCUAGUGCAGCCAUGGCCAUUGCAGGGUCAGAUGAGCCACAAGUACCUGCUGAAGUGGCCUUGGUGGAAUCUCAUGAAGAUACCGCCGAACAAAUGGCUCCUCAGAUUGCAUCAUCCUUUGACGUACAAGGAAUAACUUCAGUUCUAACUCCAGAGGCUUCACCGGAACAAGUACAUGAACUAACAUCAGAAAUUCAACAAGGAACAAUAUCGGAACCGAUACGAGAACCUACAACAGAACCUACGCGAGAACCAUCACCAGAGCUGACUCCACAACCAACACAAUAUGUCAGAGAACCUACACCAGAGCUGACUCCACAACCAACACAAUAUGUCAGAGAACCUACACCAGAAUUUAUACGAGAGCCUACACCAGAACCUGUCAGAGAACCUACACCAGAAUUUAUACGAGAGCCUACACCAGAGCCUGUCAGAGAACCAACACCAGAGCCUUUACCACAACCGACACCAGAAUUCAUUCGAGAACCUACACCAGAGCCGGUCAGAGAACCAACACCAGAACCCCAACGAGAGCAAUCACCAGAACCUCUCAGAGAACCAACACCAGAACCCCAACGAGAGCAAUCACCAGAACCUCUCAGAGAAUCGUCCCCCGAAUCUAUGACAGAACUUACACCAGAACAUGUGCAUGAGAUCACACCGCAGCCCCUGCGAGAGCACACACCAGAACCCGAGCAUGAUUCAAGUCCAGAACCCUUGCAAGAAACAACACCAGAAGUCCUACGGGAUCUGACACCAGAAACAUUCCAAGAACAAUACCAUGAAAGCCUACAUGAAUCAAAGCCUGAGCUACUGCGAGAAAUGACACCAGAGCCCAAAGAAGAACUGGCUCAUACAGGUCGAAUGUCUCCCGAGGUUCCUGAUGAAACAUUCUCUCAGCUCACAGAGGAGCCAUACCAAGGCGCUGGAUUAACUCAUGAACCAGCCUACGAUUUUCAGCAGCCAGCACCAAAUGACCCUUUCAAAUUCCAACAGUCUGCAAGUGAAUCAGUUCCUUCCCUCGGAACUACCGUCAUGUCUCCUCCCUGUUCCCCACCAGUCCCAGUUUCUCCUGUCAGAGAAUUUCACAAUCCCUCUGCUGCUCUGCUGAACAUGGAUAUCCAACCAGAUCCUUGGAACAGGAACCAGGCGUUGGAGCCGUGCGAUAUUGAUCCCCAGCCAUCUCACGGUAUGAUGAACUUCCCGACCGAGGGCUAUAAUGACCAGGAUGAAGAAUGGGAGAUGAGGAGAAAUGAAGAGGAAAGAGAGGAAGAUGAGGAAGAGAAUCGGAUGACUUGCACAGACACGUUUGGUAUGAUGGCACAGCCUCAAUGUUUGGGCGCCUCAACCGCGGAGGAUUUCAUUUCGGGGGACAUGCUGUCGCCUCGUGAAAAAGAAGUAGCAGUGGAAAAGGCAGAUGAAGAAAUAAAUGAAGAUGAUGAGGAUGAGGAUGAAGAAGAUGAGGAACAGAGGAGAUUAGGCCACCAGCUCUCCUCCAUGAUCACUGAUAUGAGCACAUCCCAGCCCUCUGAGGAGUUCCAAGUCAGACCUUCAGCUUUCGGUGGUUCUAGCGGCUGGCACUGUGACGACUUGGGAAUGGACUCGGAAGAUGUUAGCAGCUGCACCAGCAGCCGGCAACAGGGCAUUUCUGACCUCAGCAGCACCCAGCACACCGCCAUCUUGGAAGGUACUCAAAGUUCAGACGCCCUGAUUGACUCAAGCCUCCGUGGCUCCGAAGGUGACGGUAACUUCAUGGGCUCUCCCAACGUGGAAACCCUAGCCAAUGAAGAAGAUGACGACGAUGACGAACGUGUGGAUGAAAUGGACUUAAGUUCGGAGAGAGCAGAGGAACAUCAUAAAGCGUUCCAGCGGGGAGAACGAGAUGAGGACGACGAGGAUGAAGAUGUCGAAAUGCACAGUGACGGAGUAACAGAAAGUUGUGACAAUGCAGAAGAAGAGGACUCCAACGAGGAGGGACAUUUAGACAACCUCAAUCGCGCAGAUCCUCCCGCUACUUCUUGGGGUCAGACCAACCCUUUUGCAGAUACCUGGGCUCAGCCUCAGCCGGCCUCACGGCCGUCUGUCUCCUCCCCUAGCCCGAUCUCAGAUCACGCUGCAGGAGAGUCCGAAAGCCCGAUGCAGUCCCCUGCCCAAACCGGUUUGGACGGCGGUUCCCCUUUCUUGGCUUCUCUCUCAGGACAAGACUUUGAGCAGCAGCAGCAGCAGCAGUCAUUCUAUAAAAUGGACACCUCCGUCCCUGAAGAUACCGAGCUUGCUCUGGCAGCUGUAGGCAUACCCGAGUCUACAGCACAGGCCGCCCACAGCGGCAGCGAGACGAGCACACCAGAAGAACUACGUGACUACGACAGCAGCUCAGGCGUGGAAUCCCGCUCUGAUAAACAACACACUCCGGUUCCUGCUUCACUCCAGCCUGACUUAGAGCAAGAUCUGGGUAUUCACCUGGAGAAAGGCGAUGGAGAAGAGGAAGAGGCUGAGACGCUGCCGGCCGAUGAGGUCCCCGGAACAGGACCCCCAACUGCUCCAGCGUCUGCCCCAUCUUCUCCUACAACCUCUGUAGAUGAAGCCAGCGACACAGAGGGCGAGAUGCAGAUAAAUGAACCUGAUGCACCGACGAUGAUGAUGGGUGAAAGCGCUGCAUUCGAAAGUCCUACUCCGACAAGCAAUUUGCCUGCUCUGGGUGAAGAUGGCGAGGCAGGAGAAACACCGGCAGGUGAAGAGGAUGAAGGUGAGACCACUCCUCAGUCUGCAAAUUCUGUGGCAUCAUACGGCUUUGACUGCACCACAUCCAACUCUAACGCCCACUCCAUGGCAGAGAGCUGCGGAAGGAGCCCAGGCAUCUUCUCCCUAGAAAAUAUGGAGCAGUUGUCCGAGGAGGCCAAGGACCCGUCGCUCAUCAAGGAGCUCACCUUACCAUCUGCCGCCGCUGCUACCGCUCAGGCCGAGGAUCUCCUGGGCCGACCUGUGGACUUGAUGCCGUUGAGUUUUCCAGAAGAUAAACAACCCGGUCUAGAUGAGGGCCACUACAUGUUUGGAGGUGAGAUUACCGCACAGCACAUGGAAGAGAUGGAUCCAUUGGAGGCAAGUCACCACCUCGGGCCUCUGGAAUCUGCAAAUACAGAUGACAACCAACCGUCCUACUACUCCACCAUAUGUGAUAAGACUGAUUAUCUCGAAGGUAAUGUAUAAGCCCUUCACAAGUAUCCCUGGAAUGCACCUUUUCCCCCGCAACCCUCCCCCUCUUUACCUAGUGUUUGUCUUCUCUCCUGUUGAGUUAGAUUGUUUAGAAGAACAAAAUGGAGAGCAAGAUAUUAGGAAGUUGUUUAAAAAAAUAAAAAAAAAUUACCAAGAAAAUGUUGUUGACUGUAGCGAUUUUUAAAUGAAGGCUCCUUCACUGUUACGGCCAUGUUUUUAAGUCUACAGCUUAAAUUUAUCCAAUGUAUAAUAACGAAGACCAUUUUCUAGUAGACACUGCGAAUUCGGUGAAGGGUAUUGACUGAUUGAUCCAACGGGACUGAACUUUUAAACUGAAGGGAAGAAAAAAAAAACCAGAAGGAACAAAAUGGACUGUAUUUAUCCUACUGUUUUUACCAAUCAAUUGUCAGUUGUUGUUUUUUUAUUUGGUUUACUUUCUGUUUCUUUUUGUCAAUCCCCAUCCUCCCUAUUUUGUGUAUAUACACUCAGCGUUCACCGUAGUGAUACUUAACACGCUCAAUGCGCUUUGAAGACGUUUUUUUUUUUCGGGUUUGCAAGAUAGGUAUUCCACUACAGAUGUGUCAAGGUAGGUAAGGAAGUCUUAGAUUGAUUAUGGUGACGUUUUUAACUGUGUCGGGUUACGUUGUUCGCAUAGAUUGCUAAGGUGUAUAACAAGCAAGUAGCAUACAGUAUUUCAGGCUUUCGGUUUUUAAGUGGCUAGAUUACAAAGCGCAGCUAACGCAUCCAUCCGUUUUGUGGCUGAAAAGACGAAAUAGUCUAGCGUUUGUGAUUCGGCCACGAAUCGCUCAUCAUCUCUCUCGCAGCUUUACAUCCAUAGUGGACGUUUGGUUAACUCUUUCAACAAUACUAUAUUGCAUGUUUAACUAGCAAAAAAGACUGUGUACUACCCGAUAACGGAAUUCUGCUCUAGGUAUAUUCAUAAAAUAAUGUUUCACAACUAGGUUCUCUUUCAAAAUUCCAUUAAAACAUCCUUGCAAGGCA